GACAACUGUACAUAUAUUUGCUUAAGAAUGAAAACAAAACGCAUACGCAUGAAGCGUCAAAAGCCCAAACAACACACACACACAGAGGUAAACUUGGGGAAAACUGGCCAACGCAUUGGAAAAGAGCGCGCCUUCGUGCUCCGCCACAGACGUCAAUUGGUAUGCAAACAACACACACAGAGAGUAUGGAGCACGCUAGCCUUGCGGGCAAAUACGCGCAACUCGCUGCAGCAGUGACAAUCAGCCAAACGCCAAAGCCAAAAGGCAAAGCGCUGCUAGAGCGUAUUUCUAUAGAGUGCCACUCUGCUACUAGCGCGCUCUCAGCGCCCGCCAACCGCUGCUGUUUGGGGCAUGUGCUGCUAUGAGCGCCAACGAGUACUGUCUGUUGUUGUUUUUGUUUUGGGUAGACAACAGUUUCAUUCAUGAGUCGCGGUGGGCUGUAUGUGAGAGCGCGCCGCACAGCGAGUACUAAAAAAGUACGCUUGAAGCAAUUGGGAGCAAUCAAUGACAGCGGCGGCGGCACCAGCAGCAGCAGCGCCUUUUUAUGAGGGUAGCAUGCAGAGUGCGAACAGUCUUCAUUUUCAACUCGUCGUUAACGUAUGUGAGCGCGGAAAACAGUCAAAAGCGCGUUUGGAACGCAACGGAAACAAGCGUAAAGCAGUUUUUUUUAUUUCAUUUGCCUCACAAGUGUAAAUGCAGUGAGUGGAGUGCAGCUUCACUAGCGACUCUGUGCUAAGGUGCAAUUGUAGCACAUAAUAAUAAUAAGGAGCUUCUCUUCUACUAAAAAUAUAGAAGAAAAAUAACGAAAAAUCGUCGAAUUGUGUAAAAAAUAUAUUACAUAACAACUAACAUACAUACAUACAAGCGAGCAUAUAUAACGCGAUAAUAAAAUAAAAGUGUAAAAAAGUAGAAUAAAUAAAUCACAACAACAACAGCAAAAUAGUGUAUGUAAAUGAGUAAUGUGAAGUAAACAAAAUUGAAAAAGAAAUAUAACGAAAACACCAAUAAUAGCAACAACAAAUGUGUAUUUAAGAAAAUUGAUACAGAAUUGUUGUCUGAUAGCUGCUAGCUACAGUGCACCAACAAACAUCAUCAACCGAAUAUCAUUGUGCUGCUUCGUCUGCUUCUUGAAAAUUGAAUUGUCUGCUGUUGGCGGCGCUGUUGCAUUGCAUAGAGAUUUCCUCCAGCGUUUUUGUGAAAGGUAAUUUACUUGCCAUUUAAUUGUUGCUGUUACUUGUCGUGCAUGUAAAAUCUGUCAGCAGUCAGAAGCAAAGUGAUUAGACAACAUAGGUGUCUCUGAGUAGUGUUGGCAGCCUAUCUAAGUGACGCUUUAGGCGCACUCAACACUCUGCCGCUCAGCAGCACCGCUACUUAAGAUUACGCAACAGUUCGGUGUGUUUGCACAGCUUUUCAGUAACUUCAACGCCACCGCCGCCACCGCCGCCGCUGCCGCGUGCUACCAGCUAAGCGGCUGGGCAAUGCAAACAUGGAUCAUGCGGUGAAAGCGACACGUGGCCGACCAUGGAAUACGCUGCGCUUCGAGAACGACGAACUGGAAUGCCUCUAUCAGCGGUACACGCUCAAAUUGCAGCGCUUCUCGGUGCUGGGCGUGGUCGCAUUGGUGGUGGUAUUGUGCGGUGUCAUGGCGGCGCUGUCAUUGGCCUACAAUAAUGCGCCCACCUUUCAUAACAUUUUCAAUUCCAUUGUGUGCCUGCUUUUUGCAAUUAUCCUAAUUCUACUGCAAUGCCGUGUCAUCAAGGAUCAUCACCUGCCAAUUCUUUGCUAUGGCAUACUGCUCUUCGCCGCCGCCAUUUGUUUCGUAUCGAUGCCGACACUGGGCAGUGUCUUUCCUGUGGACACAAAAGAGGUCAUGGCCGAAGGUGUGUGGCAAAUUGUUUUUGUCGUCUUUUUGGCAUAUGCCAUGAUGCCGUUACAAAUAUGGGAAGCAGUUUGUUUUGGUAUUAUUUUGCCAUCAGUGCAUAUUAGCUUAACGGUGUACAAAAUAAUAACGGAUUCAUUCCGCUAUUUGGAAUAUAAUCAGCUUAUCGCCAACAUUGUAAUGUUUAUCGGUGUUAAUGUUGCCGGCUUGGUCGUAAAUAUUAUGAUGGAACGUGCCCAACGACGUGCAUUCCUAGAUACACGCAACUGUAUUGCCGCCCGCCUGGAAAUUCAGGAUGAAAAUGAGAAAUUGGAAAGACUUUUGUUGUCGGUACUACCUCAGCAUGUUGCAAUGCAAAUGAAAAACGAUAUACUCUCACCGGUUGCUGGACAAUUUCAUCGCAUUUACAUACAGAAACAUGAGAAUGUCAGUAUUCUCUUUGCUGACAUUGUCGGUUUUACGGUGUUGUCCUCGCAAUGUAGCGCACAGGAAUUAGUGAGACUGUUGAAUGAGCUCUUCGGGCGAUUCGAUCAGCUGGCGCAUGACAACCAUUGCUUGCGCAUUAAAAUUCUCGGCGAUUGUUAUUAUUGUGUAUCGGGUUUGCCCGAACCGCGCAAGGAUCACGCCAAAUGCACCGUGGAAAUGGGUCUGGAUAUGAUCGACGCCAUUGCCACCGUGGUGGAGGCCACCGAUGUGAUAUUGAAUAUGCGUGUGGGCAUACACACGGGACGCGUGCUGUGCGGUGUACUGGGUCUGCGCAAAUGGCAGUUUGAUGUGUGGUCCAAUGAUGUAACUUUGGCCAAUCAUAUGGAAUCGGGCGGCGAACCCGGUCGUGUGCAUGUCACACGCGCCACACUCGAUGCGCUGUCCGGUGAAUAUGAAGUCGAGGCUGGGCAUGGUGAUCAGCGUUCUUCAUAUUUGCGUGAUCAUGGCGUGGACACAUACUUCAUAGUGCCACCACCGCACAGACGAAAGCCAUUAAUGCUAAAUACGCUUGGUGUACGCUCGGCCAUUGGUAGUCGUCGUAAAUUGUCAUUUCGUAAUGUCUCAAAUGUUGUCAUGCAGCUAUUGCAUACGAUCAAAUUCUCGGAGCCGGUACCGUUCUCCAACAUUGCCACCGGGUCGUUUCCAUCGUCGGGCGGUAGUGGUACAGGAGCGCGUGGCAGCACAGCCGAAGGCGCCGGCGGUGAUAAGAGCACGCGAAAGGUUAUACGACUACAAAAAAUUUUACACGCCCCCACACCACCCGGUGGCGGUGUGACUAUCUCAGUAGGAACUACUCCUAACUCCACAUCGAAUACGAUUAGUCGCAUUCACAGACUUAAUCAGAAUAAGAAUAAACAGUCCAAAGUGACGGACAAAUUUAAGCGUCCCUUCCGCAAACGGCACUCCUCCAUGCACUCUCAACCGACCAAUCGCGUCAAUCGCUUCCUCUCACAGGCGAUCAAUGCACGUUCCGUCGAUUGCGAUAAAUCCGAGCAUGUGGAUCGCAUUACAUUGCGUUUUCGUGAGAGUGACAAGGAGCGCGAGUAUCGCAAAGAUUUCGAUUUGGGUUUCACCACCGCCAUGGGUUGCUCGCUACUGCUACUGAUACUGGGUGCAGCACUACAAGUGUCGGCGCUACCGCGUACACUCAUCCUCCUACUGCUCUUCCUCACCGCUUUUGUAUGGAUCAGCGCCAUACUGAUGUUGCUGUUGGCGGUGCGUCUCAAGUGGAUCGUCUGGGAUUUGGCGCGCAGUUUCACGCUUCGCUUGGCCAUUACAAUAUUCACCAUAGUGCUGAUCUAUUCGGUGGGUCAGGUGAAUGUGUUCACCUGCGUCAUGGAUCAUCCCUGUGCCAGUAACGUCACAACACAUGCGCCAUCCUUUGAGGAGGAUCUACUGAUGUUUGCUCAUCACAAUGAGGCGCACCGAAAAUGCUCGCUGCCUCAGUAUGUUUCGCUUUCGGCGACUUUCGCAUUUUUGUCAGUUUCAGUAUUUUUGCGUUUACCAAUAAUCUUCAAAUCCUUCCUAAUACUACUUAUGGGCACAAUUUAUGGACUUUUCAUCGAAAUGUCACAUAUAAAUAUCUUUGAUUGCUAUGACAGCAGAGUAAACUCAUCCAUUCCGCUUCAUUUGAUCUCAUUGGCGCGCAUAAUAAUCUUCAUGAUUGCCAUAUUGGUGCAUGGACGUUUGGUUGAGUGGACAGCACGUUUGGAUUUCCUCUGGCAAUUGCAGGCAUCGCAGGAGAAAAAAGAGAUGGACGUGCUACAGGAAUCCAAUAAAAGGAUCUUACACAAUUUGCUGCCAGCUCAUGUGGCUGCACAUUUUCUCGAUAAUCAAUUUCGUAGUAAUAUGGAACUCUAUCAUCAAAGCUACGCCAAGGUUGGUGUCAUAUUCGCAUCAGUGCCGAACUUUCAUGAGUUCUACACAGAGAUGGACGGUUCGGAUCAGGGUUUGGAAUGCUUACGGUUGCUGAAUGAAAUAAUUGCCGAUUUCGAUGAGCUGCUGAAAGAGGAUCGCUUUCAUGGCAUUGAUAAGAUAAAAACAGUUGGUAGCACCUACAUGGCUGUGGUGGGACUAAUACCAGGUGAGCAAAAAACCGUUAUAUUAAAUUUUGCCACUAUAUUAAUAAACUUAAUACAAAAUGUAUUUUCAGAAUACCGCAUCAAUGCCAAUGAUCCGAAUUCGGUGCGACGCCACAUGACCGCUUUGGUCGAAUACGUGAAGGCCAUGAGGCAGUCUUUGCAAGAAAUCAACAGUCAUUCGUACAACAACUUUAUGUUGCGAGUUGGCAUUAAUAUUGGUCCUGUUGUUGCUGGUGUGAUUGGCGCACGCAAACCUCAAUAUGAUAUUUGGGGUAAUACCGUUAAUGUUGCGAGCCGCAUGGACUCCACGGGCAUACCAGGCUAUACGCAAGUGACGCAGGAGGUCGUGGACAGUCUACAGGGUUCACAUUUCGAAUUUCGCUGCCGCGGCACCAUCAAGGUCAAGGGCAAAGGCGACAUGGUCACCUACUUCCUGAGUGACUCAUCGAGUAACGGUCUUAAUGGUGAGGUGCGCAAUGCAAUGAUCGCCAAUCGCGCCAUCACACAAAAUGGCAACGGUUACACAGCACAACAGCAACAACAGCAACAACAACAACAGCAGACACAAUCAAAUGGCUUGCCAGCCACAAUGCAUCCACCGGAAUACUACCAGAAACAGUCACAAUUCCAGGAUAACAGUUAUCAAUUGAAUAUGAACAGUGAGACGUACAACAUAAAGAAAGAUAAUUAUGGUUACAACAACAUAGAUGCAAGUCAAGUGUUAAUGAAAACCUCACCGAAUGCGUUGCAUGAGGAACAACAACAAUUGCUAAUGCAUCAGCAACAGCAACAGGUGUCACAGCAGCAGCAGCAGCAACCACCACAACCGUAUCAACAUCAUUUGGCGCUACAGCAACAACAGCGUUUGAAUAGUAAAUUACAAAAACAACCGAAUUUCAUCGCCAACGGUGGACUGCCGAAUAUACGCGAGAAUGGACAUAAUGGCGAGCAUAACGGUAGUGUUGGUAGCGGUAGUAAUGGUGUUGCUGCUUACAAUGCCUACAAUGGCUACCAACAAACACAACAACAACAGCAGCAGCAACAACAACAAUACAACAACAACUAUGCGCAUCAUCAACGUUCGCAUUCAUCCAGUUCGAUGGGUGGCGGCGUCGGUGUUAUGGGCGUACUCACAAUGGCAGCCACAUCUUCCCCCGCCCUACCCACACAACAACAACAACAACAAGUGCAAAUGCCAGUACCAGUACCAGUACCAGUUCAAGCACAAGUCAAUCCCUCAAUGGUAAUGUUGCGCGAACAAUUUAAUAUAAUUGAAAAUCCCGGUGGUAAUCGGCUUGAGUACAUAAAUCAUGAUCCCUACGCACAAGUGGAGAACUAUAACAAUUUAUUUGCUAAUGGUGUCGGUGUCGGUGUUGGUGUCGUUGGCGGUGGUGGUGGUGGUGUUGUAAGCGUUGGUGGUAGGCGUGAAACGCAUGCCGCACGCAACUACCAUCAUUUGCAUCACAAUCAACAGCAUUCAUCGUCGUACAGCACGAAUAGUAAUUGUAAUAAUUAUAAUAAUUGCCGUGAGAGUGAACCAUUGUUGCAUGCCGCACCAGUUGCCAAGAUAAUGCCAAUGCAACAGCAUCCACAAGCAUAUCCACCUAAAUAUGAGCCACCACGGUACAUGUGUCCUAAUACCAUAAUGCUACAACAGCAACAACAUUUACAACAACAACUGCAAUUGCAACAUCACCAUCAUCAUCAGCAACAAUUGCAUCAACAAUAUCCACUUUACUCGCAACAUCCUCAACCGCCAUUACCAAUUCCACCACCCAAACCCACAAAUCUAACCGCAUCCUCAUUAGCCACAGCCUCAGUGUCAGCCUCUGCCUCAGCCUCAGCAUCAUUGAAACAGAAUACACCUCUCAUACGCACUACCUAUAUGAAGCCCCUGCCGAAGUUGCCGACCGAGAUCGAUGAGAGCCGUGAGAUGUCUUCCACCGAUGAUCUCAGUUCCCGCCCACAUUCGCCAUCGAUGAGUUCCUCAGAUGAAAGCUACUCGAAGACGACCGAAGGCGAAGCCGACGACGAUUCACCACGCAUAACGGCGUUGAGUAAACACAAUCAUCAUCAUCAUCAACAACAACAACAACAACAGCAACAACAGUUGCAACAACGUAAUGGCGCCAAUCCGCUACAAUGGUUAUACCCCUGUGACAUACAAGUGGAUCCCACAUCACCCGUGGUGGAUAUGUCAAAUCUCAAAGAUUUCGAAGUGAGCUCGACAACAGAGAGUCAAGGUCAACAGACGAAUACCACACACAACCACGGCGACUCCUGCAACAGUUUUGAGUAUCAAGACCGCGUACUGCUCGCUGCCAAUAAGAAAUCCACUAGCAAUGGCGGUAGCAGUAACGGCGUAGGCAGCAAUGGUGGCGGUGGCAACGGUGGUGGUUCGACAUCGGCCAGCAAUUCGGCGAAAUCGCCAUUCGAGAGGGAACUGCAAAGACUUUUGAAUGAAUCAUCACGUGCACGCGCACUUGCGGCCGCCACCUCGUCGUCGGGCGGCAAUAUAACAUCCGCCUCGAACUCCAACAGCAAUCCAGAGGGCAAUACGACCAGCAAUAGCAGCAGCCGCAACAAUAUCGAAUUGAGUUACUCGGCGAGCAACAGUAAACUGAGCUCGACCAAUGGGUUAGCGAUCGGUGGUAGCGGCAGUAAUGGCAACCUCAGCGGCAGCAAUUCAAUGAGUGGCAACAACAACCAAAAAUCGUUGAACACAACCAUACUGGAUGAGCUGACCUCGCCCACAACGGGACGUCAGCCAUCGAAAAUACCGAUUAGCACCAGUUUUAUGAUUGCCAAGCAUCCUGUUGGACUGGAGGCCAUCAAGGAGAUUACGCGUAACAAAAAUCCCUCAGAAUCUAGCCAAAUGCAAACUUCCGAUACAGAAUCCUGCGAGAUUUUGCACGAUAACUGCAAUCAGCUGAAUUUGAAUAUCUUGGACGCCGUCAACAACCAGUCGUCCACAUCGACGGGCACCAAUUGUCGCGAUGCCAUGCCACCGCAACAGCAGUCCAAAGAUCACAAUCAUCGACAUCGUCAGCGGCCACGCUCUAAAGAUCUCGAUCAGAGUCGUGAGAGUCUCGAUCAGCUGGCCGAAGGUGGUGAACUGCAGCAGCAGCAGCAACAACAGCGACAUGUGCGCCAUCAUCAUCAUCACCACCAUCAUCAUCAUCAGCGUCCGCGUGUUAAUCACACAGCGACAGCGUUGAGUAACGACACCGAACGCGACGAUACCGAAGAUAAUUUGGCCGAUGAGGAAUUCGAGGACGAUGAGGUGGGCCAUGAUGUGCGCAAGAAACGUUUGGCGCCGUUGCCAACGGAACAGCAACAUGUCAACAAUAUUGGUGGUGGUGGCGUUGUCAAUUGUUACGAGAAUGAUGAGCACGAACGACAUGUGCAUGACGGUCACGCUGACUAUGCCGACGAUAUGGAUGAAGAGCGGCAUGUGGAAAUGAAUGUGAUAAACGAUGAACUGAAAUAUGGUGCGGGACAUCAUAAUCACCAGUCGAUGGACUCAAAUCCGUUGGAAAGUCAAUCGGAGUGGUCAGAUGAUGAUUGCCGCGAAGAGGCUACAGGUGGCGCCGAAUCAACGGGCUACAUAACUGAUGAACCGGGCCUAGAAAAUAUAUCAUUACUUAACGAAGCCGGUCUCACCGAUGCGGAAGGUGCGCUCUCCGAUGUCAAUUCACUUUACAAUGCGCCCGAUGUGGAUGACACCUCGGUGUCGAGUCGUGCCAGUUCACGUUUACUCAGCUUAGAUUCGUUAAGUGGUCUGUACGAUUGCGAUUUGGAUUCCAAGCAUGAGAUGGCAAUCGUUAAUGUUUCGCACAAAAUCACAAGUAAAUUUGGGCCACAACAACAAAGUUAAUCGCAAUGAAAAGCGAAGUGAUGAGUGCUUAGCAGUCGUGAAAGUGUGAGAACGGUAACAAACUCCAAUUAAAAUACAAACAUACGUAUUCGUACACAAACAAUGGCAGGCAUACAUGCAUACAUACGUGUAAAAAUAAGAUAAAUGAUAAAAUAUAGAAGAGCGUUGAAAAUGGUGUCUAUUAUUUUUCGGUGAAUAUACUGUAGCCCUAACCCCCACACAUGUAUGUAUGUAUGUAUGUAUGCAAUUAAAUAAGUAUUUAAUGGUUUUAGGUAUAUAGUAUAUGUACACAGUGAACUUAGAAAACUUAAAAUCUCUUAAGUAUGAAUAUAUAUGAUAACAAGUAAAAUGUACAGUUAAGUUAAUUGAAAGAUUGAUUGAAGAAUUGGUGCCUCCGACACUGUGACACUGUUAGAAUAGCGAUAUACAUACAAAACGCAACUAAAAUGAGCUGUAAGGAAUGAUGAUAGCACAACAACAACAAAAAUUAUGUUGAAUUUAAGCAUUGAUUGAUAGCAGCUUUAGCAUAAGGCACAGGCUAGAGAUAGAUACACUUACAUGCAUAGAAAUCGGUAAUGUGGAAGCUCUGUGGAGUUUCUUUUGUUAAUCUACAAAUAGCAA